AUGCUUUUUCUGAUUAAAGGUAGCAAAAAAGACAUGAGAAUUCAUAUCUGACUUGUUCUUUUUCUUGCAGAUGCAUUCAGUUUAUCACUCUCAAAUGUUUAUACUCGAUACAUCAAUCGACAGACUAUUGAUCAGUCAGACACUUUCGGAUUCCAUGUACAGAAGCCCAUUGGUUAUAAAGGAGACGUACCGGUAAUUUUUCACAAUUUUUCAAACAUUGUACACCAAAAACAUUUGAGAUUUGGCCAAGGAGUUACGGAUAUUCCGCUGAAAUGUUUUUCGAUGAGAACGGUGCGGCAUUUCCAGUGCGACCAAGAAAGAAGCUCGGAAGCAUUAUUCGACCUCUUCAAACUGGAGUCCAGAGUUAUGAUGACGACGCCUACGACGAGAGAAGAGCUCUUCGAGAAUUCUACCGGCGGUUCCGAAACAGCUAA